CCAACUACGAAUUAAAUUGGGGGGGGGGCACUCAUUUUCUGUGGCCACGGCCGUUCUUUGUGUAUAUAUCGAGAGAUUGAAGAGAAGAUGCUAUACAGAAGAUCUCGUCCUGAUGUGCGACGCCCAAAAUUUGGUAAUGGGAAGUGGAGUAAUGGGUCUUCUUCUGUUUGACGGCACUAAUUGAACGCGCACCUCCUAAUUUCUCUCCAUUUGGCCGUCGCUUCCAACUUUUCUCUGUGCGCCGAUUCUUGGCUCUACUCUUUGAAGCUCGAUUUCGUGCUUCGAAUGAUUUGGGGAAUCUGGAGAAGAUUAGGGAUGAUGGGUGUUUGAGAGCUGAGGAAGCCAAGCUAUGGGUAUGGAUUCCAAUUCAAAUAAUGAUAAUAACAACUCAGUAGGAUGGAACAGAGCUGGGGGUUUGAUAAUGAAGACUUUGGUACUGGUUGGAGGUGCUCUUUUGCUUAAACGCCUUACUAAGUCCACAACGCGAUGGGAUCAUGCCCGCUUCGUUUCUCAGUCCCUUUCUGGCGAGAAGUUUUCAAAGGAGCAAGCAGCUAGGGAUCCUGAUAAUUACUUCAAUAUCAGAAUGAUUACGUGCCCUGCAGCUGAAAUGGUCGAUGGUUCUACGGUGUUAUACUUCGAACAAGCUUUCUCUAGAACUCCUCAAAAACCCUUUCGCCAGAGGUUUUAUACGGUGAAGCCUUGUUCAAAAGAGAUGAAAUGUGAUGUGGAGCUAAGCUCAUACGCCAUUCGGGAAAUGGAGGAGUACAAGAAUUUUUGUGAUCGGACAAAAGACCAACGUCCUCUUCCCGAAGAAAUCGUCGGGGACAUUGCAGAGCAUUUAACUACGUUACAUCUUAAGCGUUGUGAUCGUGGAAAACGUUGCUUGUAUGAAGGUUCGACUCCACCUGGUGGUUUUCCAAAUUCAUGGAAUGGGGCAGCCUACUGUACUUCCGAAAUUGCUAUCCUAAAGAAUAAUGAAGUACAUACCUGGGAGAGGGGUUAUGACGAAGAUGGAAACCAGGUUUGGGGAACAAAAGAAGGACCUUACGAAUUCAAGCCAGUUCCAGCCUCCAGUCUCAAGGACAUGUUUUCUCCAUUAAAUUUCUCUCAGCCGUCCACGGAGAAAAGAAUAGAGGGUUCAUUUGUCUUGCAAUAAUAGUCACCCAAUUAACUUUUCUUAUCUAAUGUAAAUUUCCAUCCCCCUUUCUAUCUGAAAUAAAAUUUUACAUUUUGCUCGUCC